CUUUCACCCGGAAGAGGAAGAGCAAGAGCUCGAGGUCGAGCUAAGAAGUGUAAAUAAAUAUGGCCUCACCUACUACCUCUUCCCCACCAAACUAUCGACUCACCUACCUGGCUAGUAAAAGUAAGAGUGAAGAAAGCAGCAUUCGCAUUUGAUGUCGAUUAGAUGCAAAGCGGCGGUGGCGUGGGCGGCGGGAGAGGCGCUGGUGAUAGAGGAGGUGGAGCUGAGCCCGCCUCAACCACUGGAGAUCCGCAUUAAAGUCGUCUGCACUUCCCUUUGCCGCAGCGACCUCACCGCUUGGCUCUCUCAGGCUCAACCUCAAAUAUUUCCUCGGAUAUUUGGGCACGAAGCAUCAGGGAUUGUCGAGAGUGUGGGUGAAGGAGUUACUGAAUUCGAAUUGGGGGACCAUGUACUCACCUUAUUCACGGGAGAAUGUAUGAGAUGCAGACCAUGUGCCUUAGGCAAAACCAAUAUCUGCCACACGCUUGGCUUGGAACGUCAAGGCUUAAUGCAUAGUGACAAGAAAACCCGCUUCUCGUUGAAGGGAAAGCCUGUAUAUCAUUACUGUGCUGUUUCGAGCUUUAGUGAGUAUACAGUUGUGCACUCUGGAUGUGCUGUGAAGAUUAGCCCAGUUGCACCAUUGGAUAAAAUAUGCCUUCUAAGCUGUGGAGUGGCUGCAGGUUUAGGCGCAGCUUGGAAGGUUGCAAAUAUCUCUGAAGGAUCCACUGUCGUUGUUUUUGGCCUUGGAACUGUUGGUCUUUCUGUUGCACAAGGUGCAAAACUGAGAGGAGCAUCUAGAAUAAUUGGUAUUGACACAAAUCCGGAGAAGAGUGAAAGAGCCAAGGCUUUUGGAGUAACCGACUUUCUGAACCCAAAUGACCAUGAUCAACCUAUCCAACAGGUUAUCAGCGGCAUUACAGAUGGUGGUGCAGACUAUGCAUUUGAGUGUGUGGGAGACACUGGCAUGAUUACUGCUGCUUUACAGUCAUGCUGUGCUGGGUGGGGUUUGACUGUGACCCUUGGUGUGCCCAAAGAGAAACCAGAUAUAUCAGCUCACUAUGGACUCUUUCUCUCUGGAAGAACGCUAACGGGAUCACUUUUUGGUGGAUGGAAACCAAAAUCUGAUCUUCCUUCACUUGUUGACAUGUACCUGAAGAAGGAAAUUGAGAUCGAUAGCUAUAUAACGCACAACCUGAUGUUUGAAGAUAUAAACGAGGCGUUUCAGUUGAUGAGAGAAGGGAAAUGCUUGCGUUGUGUCAUUCACAUGCCAAAGUAGAGUUUUUUUCUGAUGAAACCAAUCAAAUUACUAGUUGAAGCCAUUUUGAGUUCAUUGCAUGAUUAUGUUGGAACAGCAAUACAUGUUAAAUUUUGUACUACAGUACUUGUUUUACUUAGCUGUCUGGUUUCUAAAUUAUGAAUAUAUUACAUGGAAAUGAUCUAGCCUGUUAAUUGAUUGUGGAAUUAUAUGGGUA